AUGGCGACAGGAAGGAAACAGGUAAAGAAGAAACUCCUGGAGGAGAAAUCUAAUCAAGACGUUUAUGAUUUUACUGCAGAGGUUGAAAAGAAGGAUCUAAGUGGUUCAGAGGACGAGGCCAGAGGAGAUGAAACACCAAUACUGGAAAAACUGACGAAAAAGAGAUCUGCAGCUGACUUUGAAGAGCAGGGAGCAACCUGUGCUGUGGGAAAUGAGGUUCAGUCUAUGUUGGAGAAAUUUGGAGCGGACAUCAGCAAGGUGUUGCAGGGGAAGAGGAAACGUCUGGAGUGUCUGACGAAGAACUACAUGAAGGGAAGCCAACACAAACUGGAGCAGCUGUGGAACACCCACCACGGCCAGAGACAGAAGAUAACUCAGCAGUACUCUGAGCAGGUGUCGACAGCGCUGCAGCAGUGGGAGGCUGAAGCCCUGCGAGCUGAAGAGCAGGAGGAGAAGAUCAACAAUCUGUUCCGGCAGCAUCAGAAAAUCCUGCAGCAGGUCAGAGUCACUCAGAAGCAGAAGCUGAAAACCGUCAAAGAGCUUUACGAGCAGCUGGUGAAGAACAUGGAGGAGAUGGAGAAGAGCCAGGAGGCUUUCCUGCAGGGGGCGCAACAGGAGCUGAAGAAGGAGAUGGCUACGCUGCAGAAGAAGAUCCUCAUGGACACGCAACAGCAGGAAAUGGCCACCGUCCGCAAGUCGCUGCACUCCAUGCUGUUCUAG